GAGGAACGACUGGCAUUACUGGCAAUCGUAUAAAAGGGGGAGGAGAUGCGAUUUCGCGCGUUCACCGCGAUUCCGAAUUAUUUCUGACAGAUUCGUGACAGCAGACCGCGUAAGUAUCGAGAGUCGCUGGCCAGAUAACCGAGAGUGACAGACAGAGUGCUAUCCGCGAAAGAUCGACGAGAUGUCCGUGAUGGGUAAGCCUGUGCUUUACUCCUAUUGGCGGAGUUCGUGUUCUUGGAGGGUAAGAAUUGCAUUGAAUCUAAAAGAGAUACCAUAUGACAUAAAACCUGUGAGUCUGGUAAAGAGUGGCGGAGAACAACAUUCCAAUGAGUUUCGAGAGAUUAAUCCAAUGGAGCAGGUGCCUGCGCUCCAUAUCGACAAUCAUACGUUAAUAGAGUCUCUAAACAUUUUGCAAUACUUGGAAGAGACUAGGCCGAAUCGUCCAUUGAUGCCCGCGGAUCCUGUCAAAAGAGCUAGAGUAAGAGAGAUUUGCGAAGUAAUUGCCAGUGGCAUACAACCAUUGCAAAAUCUCGUUGUUCUGAUUUACGUCGGAGAGGAACGUAAGAAGGAAUGGGCGCAGCAUUGGAUCACUAGAGGAUUUACAGCUGUGGAGAAGUUGUUAUCGUCGAGCGCAGGCAAAUAUUGCGUCGGUGACGAGAUUACGUUAGCAGAUUGUUGCCUAGUGCCACAGAUAUUUAAUGCGCGAAGGUUUCACGUUGAUCUGAGACCGUUCCCCACGAUUUUGAGGGUGGACCGUCAUUUGGAGCAUCAUCCGGCUUUUACCGCGGCUCACCCCAAUAACCAGCCUGACUGUCCACCCGAGGCGACCAAGUAGCAAGCGAGGCAGACCACCCUUUUCCUCUUCUAAUUCUUUGGGAGCAUGGAAAAAGGUGGUCCAACAUCAUGUGGUCUCAUAGUGACAAAAGGUGAUACGAGAUUCAUUCAUGCGUUCAUUGCAUAUUUACAUGCACUUGGGAUCGCAAUCAUUUCGAUUAUUCAAAUCUCUUGUUUCUAUAUAUAUCGUAAAUAAAAUUGUAAUCUAGAAAAGAGAGAAUAGGAAAUUGCUGAACCAAAUAACAUAAUCCAAUACAUCAUGAAAAUUCAUUGCGCGUAUCUUUGAUUAUGCAUACAGAUUUAAUCAUUGCGAUAGUGAGUAUACGAGGAAGUUAUUUUUAAUUCGUACUAUCAGCCAAUAAAUUGCUGUUAUAUAUUGCGAUAAUGAUAUUUAUAUAUAUUACAUACCAAGAAAAUUAUCCGAUAUUGGUUGCACCUUUUAUCACUUAUGAACUGCAUAUUGGUACCGAAAUGGUUAACGGUUAGCAACAAAAGCGAGUAUCGGACGGUGAUUUUGAUUUUAGAUCAUACUUAUUUUUAGAACACGAACUCGCGCCAUUUCUGUACUUGCAAGGAAAGGGAAAGAAAUAUUGGCCUAUUUUUUAAGUUUUGUUACGUUUUUAUACGAUUUUACACGAUCGACCGAAAUUUAUUUUCACGUGGUGUAUAUUUUUCACACGAUAUUUUACAAAGAUAUAUUAUUGACCUAUUCCGAAUAGGUUCUGUUUUGAAAUCAAAAGUUUACUUUUUAUAUACUUAUUAUAAUUUUUUAUUUUUGACUUUUGCUUAUAUAGCGUAAGAGAAAAAGAAGUGGAUGUGUUGCUAUUAAAUCCUAGCGAAUACCCCGAAAUCUUCGCUGGUACGUAGAGUAAUGACUCUUGUAUUUACGCGAUAUAUACGAAGCACACACGAAUAAAUUCAUAAUGCGAAAUGAAAUCAAAUAUUCGAAGGGAAACGUGUAAUAAGGGAAUGCGCUCUGCUCAAAUAUCUCCCAGAAUACCGACGAAAAAAGUACAAAUCGCACAUCUUUUUUUGAUAUCCCAGUUGUAGAGUACAUCAGAUUUGCUCUUUUUUUUUUUUUUGUAUCUUUUGCAUUGAAAUAUCCAAUAAAUGUUUUAUCUUGUUUCAAGAUAAUUUAAUACAUAGCCUAAUAGCUAAGAUAAUUUAAUACAUAGCCUAAUAAGAUAUAUAUUAAAGCAACCAUCAUUUUGUCUUCAAGUACUUGCACUUGGCGCCUUUUUUAUCUCUCUUUUUAGAAAAAUAAUUAAAAUUUUUUUUUACUUUUUUAUAUUUUGGAAACGUUUAAACAACUUUUAUAAUAAAUGCGAAUAAGACGGGCAGAUUUAUCGUAUUUUUUUAUAUAUGACCCCGUGUAGUAUAUUUUUUUACUUUAUGAAAUAAUUUUUAGGUUUAACAAUACUUCACGAUAUGUAUUUUUUAAAAAGAACAGACUUGAUACGCAUAACUGUAGUUAGAUAAUCUGUGAUUUGGAAUUACGUUGUGCAGAACUGAAGUGAGACGUUGAUGCGAAGAUUAGAAUGUGCCAUUGAAAUACCGUAGUACAAUCGCGAAUGAUUUCAAAACGCAAACGGGAGAGACAUGUGUGUCGACAGAAAUCAAAAUGUAUAUUUAUGCUCUUACAAAUAGUUUUCCGGGUUCAGAGCAUGUAAACAGAGAGAUAUCAAUAUUUUUCACGAAUGUUUUUUAUAGGAUUGUUCUCAUUGUAAAGCUGUGUUAUAUACAUAGCCCUCGUGUGCCCUUCGAAAAAUUUUAUAAACGCAAAAGUAUCGUUCGUCAAAAAAAAUCGAGUCUUGUAGAUAUAUCGAACACGACCGAUCUCUAAAGGCCAAUAAUCAAAUUACAUCUGGCAUUCUUCCUUAUUGCCGCGUUAUCCUUCUUCUUCUCCUCUUUGUUUUAAGAUACAAACAUCGUGACAUUUGCACAUAUUUAGAAUUUUAUGUAUUGUAUAAAAUUAAUGAUUUCUUGUAUAUCGCGCACGUCAUAACUGCCUUUUUGAAACUUUAACGAGUACUUCUUCCAGCUGUAGCCUCCAGCCUUCGCAAUUAUUUUUUUAUAGCAGAUAUAGUAUCAUGUAAUGGAGGUAUAAUUCUCUUUGUGCGCUUUCCAAAGGUGGAUUAAGGAUCAAAUCAAUCGCAAGGUAUUCCAUAGUUAAAUCAUCAACAAAUUUUACUAGUGUAUUCUGUGGAUAGAAAAAGAUGUUAUAUCAACAUUAUAUCUGAAAACAUUUCAUUAUCCCAAUAUAUUAAAGAAAAAUUAAUUAUUCGUUUCUAAAUGCCAAUUUCCAUCUCUAAUAUAUAAAUUGUUAAGAGAUAAAAUUUGACAUCCUACGAAUUCCAACAUUGUCUUUAUCUUAUUUUAACUCAAUGAAUGGGAACCUAAUUUUCUUGAUGAAUUUUUAUUACGAAUUGACUCUUGUAUGAAAAGUUUGCUUUCAUAUUUAUAAGUUUUAUUAUAAUUUUUUAAUAAAACGUUUUCAUAGAAUAAACUGACAAAUUUUGAUCAUUUAACUUUGGAACACCCUGAUAAUAAUCGUCGCAAUUUAAGAUGUCGUCUUAUGUCGCGCAGUACUUUGGGACGAAUAAAAACACGCGUGUCUAUACACACGCUCACACAUAGACGUAUAUUAAUCGACCGAGUGAUUAGAUAAUAAUGUAUAUAAUCUUUGUACGCGAGCCACACAUUCCCCUCAGAGACCAACUCUACAAAUAUCCGCAGUCCGAGAUGAAACGAACAUACUCAAAAUCGAUCAAAACUCUCAUGUGUGUUUGCUACGUUUUGAUAACAGCGCUUAUGCAUAUUAUGUGAUGAUUCGAAAGAGUUAAGAGGAUCUCGUCGUAAUAAACGACGAAAUCCUUGGCGUAAUUAAACGGAUGUGAUCUCGUAUCUGAAUGUGAUCUUGCGCCCGUUUAUCGAAUUUUUGUGCUCAAGUUACGAGAAUUAAAAGCGGACAAGUUAAUAAUAAUUUUGUCGAAACCGAGCUGUGUUAUUUGUAAUUAUUGCGGUAGCUCUUAUACGAUAUUUUAUAUAUAUAUAUAUAUAUAUAUAUAUAUAUCUUGAUAACUAAUUUCGAAAGAUUGCAAUUUCAUAAAUCGACUUAUAAUUAAAUGAAGAAUGUCAUUUAACAACUCUAGAACUUAAUUCAUGAAGAAUUAUAUGUAGUUUAUUGGAAUAUUUUAAUAUUUUAAUAUUUUAAUAUUUAGUUCCUCUUUUUACAGGACUUUUUAUCUCCGAUUUAAAUGAAUAACUUGUAAAUUGUUCUUAUUUUAUUCGAAAUCAUUUGUACGAAAAGGAAUGUCCUAAAUUGCUUUAUUCGUACUCCUUACAAUUCUCUAAAGAAUAGAUUUACAGAUAUUUUACUUGCACACUUAUCUUUUGUAUCGAAAGAGAUUCCUCGAUUUGAUUUUUGUCCCGUAGUUUUUUUUUUUUUUUGUUACACAAAAAGCUUUGCUUCUAUUGUGAUCCUUUCAUAAAGAUUCUUCGCUACUUAUAGAUCUUCCGAUAUCUUAUUUUCGACAAACUGGCGUAUCAUCCGUAUAACGUAUGCGUGAGAAAUAUAAAAGCUACAAGAGAGAAAUGAAAGAAUAAAUCAAUUAUAUUAUAUCUUUAUUACUUUAGUUUCGCUCUUCUUUUUUUUCCAGUUGUCGUUUAUGGUUUUAGAAUUUAGUUUUAAGAAUGUGAGCUCGAUUUUUGUAACAUUCUUACGAAUCCAUCUGUAUAACCCGAUCGAGAAUAAUAUGGCAAUAAACGUGCCAUACAAUUUUCUCCCGUCAACAAUAAUUAUAAAUCGAUCUUAUAGACGACGUAACAUUUUUUAUGCGAAAGGAUAUGUGUGAGGCCACUUAGGGUGAGCAAAUGAGAGCGUGUAUAAUAAAUGUAGCGAUUGACGCAUCGAUCUCUUCGAAACGAGGAAGAGUACGAGGGGCGCGUAGAUAUUUUGUAAGCGAGAAAAAAAAAAUGAUGUAUGUUCACACAAUGCUUAUAUAGUGAAUAAAAGAUUAUGUGUCAAUAGUGUAUGUAUAACUACACAUUCGUGGUAGAAUCGCGAUGAAAAGAGAAAGAUCAAAACAGUAAGUGCAUUCAUAAUUGUACCGUCAUUAUAGCCGAAUAAAGCUACGUUUGGUCUGUAGUGGCAUAUUUUUUACUAUGAGCGAGAGCUUUUUGAUGUAAUGAAAGGUCUACAAAUAUAUAUAAACGCUAAUGAUUGACCUUUAACGUUUCUUCUGCCUGCCGUGAAAAUUUUUGCAAGUUUUAUAUUUUUUUGUUUUUACACAAUCUCAAAUUAUUUUCAAAUAUAGAAAAAUUAUUUAAAUAUCUUUUUUUUUAUUAAGACUCGAAUGUAACUUUUUUUUAUUAUGACUAAAAUAAUUUUAUUAAUUUUCAAGAAAGAUUUUCGUUGCAGCAAUAUAAAUAUUUUAAUUAAUUAAUAAAAUAGAAGCGAUAAAAAAUAAAUAUCUGACUUACCAAUGAAAACUGCAUCAAACACUUUAUUUUCCUGUGGUUUGCACGAGUUCUUCUUGAAAAAAAAAAAAAUUCUCUUCGAAUCGCGUGGAACGAACAUAACUCACGAUAUUUCGCCAUAAAUCAUAUACAGUGCGCGCAAGAGCUCGAAAUAAACUUUCGGGACUGAUUAUAAUUAUCUGUACAAAAAUAGCUUUUUAUUUCUUACUUCUUUAGAGUUUACAUUACAUAUCUUUCUCUUUUAUCAAAAGCUCGAUAAUAAGAUCGUUCGAAAUAGACCGUAUAACUCGAUCAUCGGUACUCUAUCCGCUGAUAUCACCUCCUUCUCCAUCUUAUUUACAAACAAUUCAUCUUAUAAAAAAAUACAAUCCUUCAUUUUCUAUUGACUAGUUAAAAGAGACUAUAGCGUCUCUCAUACGCUCGAGAUUGUACACUUAAUGGAAUGUAUAUAGAAAAGAAAAGAAAAAAAAAGAGAGAAAAAGAUGCGUGUAUCCAUAAUUAAUUACGACAUGAGAUACACAUUGCAUGUAUGUAUAUAUAUAUAUAUAUAUAUAAACAAGAAGAUAUACAAAUGUAUUAUAUAUAUUCGAAUAUUUUAAUAUAUAAAAGCAGUGUGAUAUGCGAAACAAUUCGCCUGUGUUCCUUAAACAUCAUAAACUUUAUUGACAACAAUUUGUUGACAUCGACCUAUGUCCUCAACUUUUUGGAAUCGGCCGAAUACGCAUAUAAACACGUCUCAGUCGAAUAUUGCCACGAAUAUUGUAUACAUCGAACGAUUCUCUUUCUCACGCACAAUGAAAUUAACGCCUUCAAUUCGCCGCCGCGUAAAGACCUUCGUAAAGACCUUACAAUCUCAGGGAUCAACGGUACAGUUGCGAGUAUAUCGCGUUACAUAAGAUUUUGCUGUGAGAGACAUUAAAAAAGAAAGAAAUUAUUAAAAAUUUCUGCUCGUUUAUCGCACUUUAUUAUGAAGAUUAAAAUAUUGAUAGCGCGCGUAUGCGCAGGAUGAUCCCCUUAAAAACAUUAAUAUUAAUUAUGAUCCUCUGUCUUUCUCUCUGAAAACAAAAGGUCUCGAUUAACUUUAACCGAUGUUUAAGGGGCAAGAUCCAUGGAGAUUGAAACAAUAACGUAAUAAUAAAUGUUAGGCGCGCGAUCUGUCCAUCUGUACCGUUGCAAUGUUUUCCUUUUUUCUUUUUUCUUUUUUCUUUUUUUUGUCGAAAUUUGGAAGGCUCUCUCGUUUCGUCGCGAAUCCAUCGCCGUCUAAUCAUGGGAUUAGAUGCAGACCUUCCCAAUUUCCACAAAAUUACAAUCGUGCUUCGUUAUUUCGAUCGAGUAUAUAGAAGAGACCAGAGCGUGUUAUCGAGAAAUUUAGCCGGAGAUUUUUUGGUGAAUGAAAAGAGAUAGAGGCGAUGAACGCGUAUGACAUGAUCAUACUGCGACACUGAAUGGACAAAUGGAUGGAUGUAUGGACGGUGGCCAGGUCAUGAAAUGAAGAACAACAGAAUGCAUUUAAUGAGCGAUUGUUUAUUAUGCUCUUAUUAUGGUCACUUGUCAUACAGGUAACGAUGCUUCUCAAUGAGUGAAAAUAGUUAAUAUAUUAUGUUUGUUUGUUUGCUUUUUUUUUACUUUUAUAUAAUUAUUCAACAUUGAAUGGAGAUAAAUUGAGAGAUGAUGAAAGAAUAACAAUUUAUGGAUGCAAAUAAAUGUGGUUAGAGUGUAAAGUAAUAAUAUUAUAAGAUUAGCCCUUCGGAAAGAAUGCUCGUGUGUGUGAACUAAAUUAUAUACUUCAUCGAUAACAAUAAUAGUGGUGCCCAUUAAAAGAGAGGUCACGUGUCGGGAUCAAAGAGCAAUUAAUUAAACCUCGUCGAUGAUCGCGAAAGUGCAUAAGUAAAAUCAUCGUUUCUCGCGGUCAAUCAAUAAAUAGAGAAUUCUCUGUAAGCCUUACGAGUUGUACGAAUAUGCUCUUAUCAAGUUCAUUUGACAAAAUUGCGUCUCGAUUUGCCGUCUUUUCAUCGUCGCGUAUAUAGUCCCUUACACACAUAGCUCUUUGCCGUAAUAUAUCUUCCCGAGAUAUUUCAUGCGAUCAUAUCGUCGAUAUCGUCGAUCAUUGAAUAUUAUUGAUAACCAACUGAACAGUAUUGCAAUUAUUUGCAAUUUUUUAGAUCGAUAACUUUCGAGCAUUACACGAUCAUUUUUCAGGUAGAAUAAUAUUCAGAUUGUGAUGUAAUGCCAAGAAACACGGCUGUUGAUAAUUAAUUGACAUUUCACCGAUAAACUUUACGAUAUUUUCUUUACCAUGAAUAGAAAUACCGAAAGGAAUUUAUGAAAGUUAUUUCUCGAAAAUGAUUCGCUUUCGUAUACUAGGUUGUCAAUGCUCGUGUGUUCUUGGCAUCGCAUUCUUUUCUCGCUUAAUUAGAAAUUAUAAAUAUAUCAUUUUUUUGUUCGAUGACAUUUCUUAACAUCGUGCAAUGUCGUAAGUAUAUACGAUUUAUCGUUAAAAAAACUAUCGAAUGAUUGAAUUGAUUUUUGAAUUAUAAUAAUAUGCAUUAAAUAUAAAAAUAUUUGAUAAUUAUAUAUGUCUUGUUCUUUUUCAAAUUUCUUAAUUUGCAAAACAAUCGCUGCGAAAUAUCAAGAUCAACGAUACCGCGAACGAUAUUCUCUCUUCUCGCCAUUAUCUCGACGAUUACAAUCUUUUCGCUUGUAUUCGCUUUGUCGGGUCCUUGCUUACUUGCCUAAAUAUCCGUACCUUCCGAAGAGUUACGACUACUUUUACCACUAACUUAGCGUAAAUAUCAAUAAUUUUAUAGCUCUCUCCCUCUGUCUACUAAGAAGUUGAAUAACGCAAUACCCUUUUUUCCUAUAUUUUUUUUUCUCUCCCUCUCUUCGCGGAGGCGAGUCGCCUCGGAAUAUUAAAAAAUACGCAAUUUUGCCCAUUGCUUGUAAUGCACCGUCGUUCUCGUGUCGUGUUCGAGACAAGGAAAAAGAAAAAUUGAAUCGUGUGCACAAUUAUAGCAUAAACUGUAUAACGAUGUGUGUGGACUCUCUUUUUUUCGUCUAAUCGUGUAUGUGGUAUAAUUCGCUUCAGAACUCGAUAAAACGCAUGAUGAUGUGAAAAGAACGCACUGUCGCAUGUAUGUAUGUGUGUGUAUGUUGCGUGUGUAUGUGUUCUUAAAUUAUUUUAUAGCCGAAGGAAUGUAAGGUACAAUACUCUUGAUCGUGUGAUUCGGUGCGAGACGAAUAAAUCUCUCUAUGGUACCUUCGCAGCCAGCUGCUCUCUCUUUCUCUCUCCCUCUCUUGCUCUCAUAUAUAUCUCGAUUAUAUAUAUAUAUGUAUAUAUAUAUUAUAUAUCAUAUAUGGAAGAUAACACUAUUCUCUCUUUCUCUCGAUCUAAUAAUUCGCGUAGUACGCCAUAAGUAAGACGCACGAAAAAGACUUAUCUCAUCGCGAAAGUGAAGCGCAAACGCGCGUUCUCUCUGUUUCGUUUGUCUGCAGGAUUCUCUAUUCGCGUGUAGGCAUGCAAUUUUGACAUUAUACAACGUGUAUGCGUGGUAUCAGUGUCUGUGUAUGUGUGUGUAUGCAUGUAUGUAUGUGAGCGAGUCGUGAUCAUGUGGGAUGAGAGCACACGCGCAUCCACGUGCACUUGCGACUUUUAGCAAUAUACUACUUAUACUCAACAAGGUACUCAAUAGUUUCCUCUCUCUUCCUCUCCCUUCCUCCCACCCUUUGUCGCUACUUUAUUUUAUUUGUUUUUUUAUAUUCUCCUUUUUUUUUUUUAAUCCCCGAGCUGCUAUAUGUGCUACUUCUACCUCAACAACAACGAUCUCAUAUCUUGUGUAAUUUUUUUCAUAUUUCUUCUCUCUUUCUUACAUUAUACGCUCUUACCCAAAAUAAUAUACCAUAUUAACAGUCUAACUCUAUUAUAAUAUUCUCACUUCCGAUAAAAUAACAUUACAUACAAUUUUGUACAACCCUCUUAAUUAUUUUGUAACGAAUGUGUGUUUUGUCGCGCGGACACACGUAACGUCGCUUCGUUAUGUGCGUUUCGAUACAUUAAUUUUCUUUCUUUCUUUAGUUGAUUCUAUUCUUUCUCUCCCUCUGUUUUUCUAUUAAAUGGCCUUCCGCGCUACUUUAUGAGAAUGAUGCUGAAUUAGAGAUAAACGAAGAUCGUGAUAUGGGAAAUAUAUCUCAUGUCGCUAAUCGAAUGAUUUCUGUGUGCUGUAAUCUUCGAUAAUCUGUAUAUCUUUCGUACUACAUAUAUA